CAAACGAUAGCUCAACUAAGUGGCCCAUCACGUGGAAAUUUAUAUCAGCCAAAUAAUUUUGAUUCUAAAUGUGGAGUUGGCAGGUGCCUCUUUCCGAUAUGUGCUGGGUAAUGGAACGUUUCCUACGUUAUCGACCGGGACAAACGACAAUAAUGCCCUCCGCAAUAAGUGAACUAGCCACGUGGUAAUUGUUGUCCAACUGUUUGUUGCAGUCACGGUUUUUAUUUGGUCAACAUUGGUGGAGCGGUACCCUCAGAUUAUACUUCCAACAACUAGCAUGGCUGGACGAGUUUUCAGAUUUUAAAACGAAGAGGUCCUUACUCAAGACAAUAAAUACCGUUACACUGUCACCCUGCGGUACAGUCCAUUAUUUGAUUUAUAUGAAUGUAAAGAGCUUGACAGCUCAUCGGAUUCCUCCAGCCUUGACGCUCAGAAAUACGUAAACAACCGCAUUGCGUGUCCGUGCUACUAUUUCAACUCGCGCCUUCAAAUUCCGGCAGCCGCGAUCACAUUUACCACUCUGCUUAAGCACGCCCGGGCGGUCGCCCCCCCCCCCCUUGUUUAACGUCGCUCGACCAAUGGGAGGUGGCGUAACGGAAGCGGCUUCGUUGCGGGCGACGUAACGCGCUCGCUGAUUGGUCCUCCCCCCCCCCCCGUUGGGACAACACGACCUGCAUAUUAAUGAGGCAGAGGGGGGGGCAGAGACGAUUUGGUGUCUCCCAUAAAACUCACCCCCCGAAAGUCACUCUCUGUCAGUGUCUCUCUCUGUGUGUGUCCGUGGGGUUCCCCCUCUGCUCGCCAACCCAACGAAGAGGUGGGACGAGGGUUUGCGGCGGUGCACUAAUUCAUUCUUGACCGGCUGGAUUGAUGGUUCCGUGUGGCGGUGACGGCGGUGGUGGCGGUGGUGGCGGCGCGUGCUGACUGACCGAUGAUGGCUGUGGCGUCAUCGCCUGCGAGCGUGCCGGUUGGAAGCGUUCUGCUUUUGCUGCUGCUCUGCGCCCUGUGCGGCUCCCUGGACUCUGGCUACCGCAGUAACGCAGACAUCGAGCGUUACCUGAAGGAGGUGAACGGAAAAUUCCCCAACAUCACCCACGUGUACAGCAUCGGCAGGUCCUCGCAAGGGGUGACUCUGUGGGUCAUUGCGAUCGGAAAACACCCACAAAAACACACCAUCGGUAUUCCGGAGUUCAGAUAUGUGGGCAAUAUCCACGGAAACGAGGUUGUGAGUCGCGAGCUGCUGCUCUUCCUGCUGGACGCGCUGGUGGAGGGAUAUGGCAACGAGGAGGAAGUGACGCGGCUGGUGGACACCGUGCGCAUCCACCUCCUGCCCAGCCUUAACCCCGACGGAUUUGACGCCUCUGUGAAUGGAGACUGCGACAGUGUCACCGGGAGGUUUAACUCCAACGGGAAAGACCUAAACCGAGACUUCCCGGAUCCGCUGAGCCUGCCGAGCUCGGCGCCCCGGCAGCCGGAGACGGAGGCCUCCAUGCAGUGGGCGCUGAGCGAGCCGUUCGUGCUGUCGGGUGGCCUCCACGGCGGCGCCGUCGUCGCGAGCUACCCCUACGACAACCUUCGCCCUGGCAGCGCCAACUCGUACAGCGCAUCCCCGGACGACGACGUGUUUGUGAGGGUGGCGACGGUCUACGCAUCCAACCACGGCUCCAUGUACCUGGGCAACAAGUGUGGAUUUAACUUCCCCAGAGGCAUCACCAACGGUGCCAACUGGUACCCUCUCAGCGGCGGAAUGCAGGACUACAGCUAUGUGUGGGGCCAGUGCCUGGAGGUGACACUGGAGGUGAGCUGCUGUAAGUUCCCUCCUGCGGACAGCCUGCCGGAGCUGUGGCAGGAGAACCGCGCUGCCCUCCUCGCCUACAUCAAGCAAGCACACCUGGGGGUCAAAGGUCGCGUGCUCGACAGUAAUGGCACCGGGGUGGCCAAUGCUCAGGUGCACGUGGUUGGACGCGCCAACAUCCUCCCCUUCAACACGACCGCGGGCGGGGAGUACUAUCGCCUGCUGUUGCCUGGCCAGUACACGCUGCAGGUGACCGCCAACGGGUUCCAGCCGUUCUCGGUGUCGCUGCUGCUGGAGGACGGCACGGAAAGCUACGCGGCUACAACGCGUGACCUCGUGCUGACGCAGUCGAACGCGGUGCCGAUAAUCGUCAAGGAUGGCAAGGCGGCCGCCGCUGGCGCUGGGCCUUGCCACCCCCUCUUCCCCAUCGCUGCCGCUACCGCCGCCGCACUCGCCCCCGUGCUGCUCGCUCGGGGGCACGCGUGACCGUCCUUAUAAGUCUGCACGUGAACGAGCGUGGGCUCGCGUGGGAUAUUUAUUUGCAGUAAAAAUUCAAGGGAGCACACAAGAGGGCAUUGUUUGAAAUGAGCACGUAGGAAAUCCAGUCGUGUAACCCCUUUUCAGGUUCUGAAGGGUCGGGGGGGGGGGGGGUCGUAAUUUCGCGCGUGUACACACCGAUGUCAUGGCGUGGUUCGUUUGGCCCUUGGUGCAAGGAAUUAAAUGAGGCCCUCUGUCCUCCUGACAAGUGUGGUGCUAAUGUUAAUAGGUGCUCACGAGCAGCACUUUCCAUAACUCUUCAAUAGCUAAAUGGUGGGAUUGUUGUCUUUGUUAUAUAUGUUCACACGUUUACUAUACACUUAUAUUUACACCCUUGUACAUGUAUAAAAGUUGCGUGUAUGUGUACUGUAUGUGUUUGUAUCCUGGAUCGGUGUGUAUAUGUGCAUUGAUGGAUGUGUAAUCAUGUGGUCAAGUUUAAAGUGAGUACCACUUGGAAAGAGGUGACUGCACCACUGUGUGGGAGGUCCGCAGUGACUAUCCUCCACGUGGAAUGGUCUCUACCAUGGCAAAGUGGAAUAUCCACCACUGGCUCAAGAUUACCAGUGCUCAUUUGUGACUUGACUUUGAAUAUUCACCUGCGUAACAUAUUAAGUGAGCACAUGAGAUUUUGUCUGGCGCAUGUUGAAGACUGUGAUCGGUACAGUAUUGAGAGCAGUAGUUCAUAGCAUCAUCGCCGUCACCAUGUCAAAGACAUUACCCAUACAUUAGUGAUCUGGUCUCAUUUGUACAGAAUAACUUGACUUGCAGCUCCAUAUCAAGACAACUAUAUACAGAAUCUGCUUGUUGUGAGAUCCUAUGCUAUUGCACCGUACCUAAAAUAAUUUGCGUCAUUGUCGUAGCAUUUAAAAUCCAUAACUAUGUUUUUAUUAACCGCAAACGAAUUAUCGUGGAAUUAUGUGCAUAGCAUUUGUAAUCGGCCACAGUCAAUCCACGGCCAGAUAAAGGACUUCCCAAGCCACUUCCUCUUUUCAAAAUCCUGCGAUGCAACGUUCUCGAACGCCUGUACAUGAACUGGUUUCAACUCUCCAUUUCCUCGUCGACGUACUCUUGGAUGCGUGCCGUUCCUUGGCCUCCACUCCGUUAUUAUUGCAGAGCAUUCAUUAUAAUGCUUGCACCAACACGGAAUAAGCUUUUGUAGAAAUGUUGAACAGUUGAUCGUUAAUAAUUUUGUGCCAGUAAUUUUCAACUCGAUAUACUGUACCGUUAUGAAACACUUCGAUGGCAUAUUUAAAUUCCUGCAAAUACCAAAGAGCGUCUGUUUUAGAGAGGUCACUCUGGCUUUCAUGCAUUAGAUGGUAAAUCUGCAAAGGAUAUACUUGUUUAUAUUUCAGCAUUGUAAAAUGGUCUCACUGAAAUCCAAACAUGUCUGAAACUAAACUUUAUUUUUUAUCAAAAGGCUAGAGAUCGCUGUCCUGGGGAAAAUCUGCCUUCCCACGAUAAAUACAAAGGCUCAACUUUUCACGAAAAAAGAAUAUCCCCAUUCUACAAAGGCAGCAACAAUGAAUUGUGUUGGGUUUUUUUGUGUGCCUGGUACUGCGCUUCAUUACAAACCCAUGCCUAGAAUGCACUGCGUUUUGGAUGCAAUAAACUGAGAAUACAGCAAAGUAUGCAAUCGUGUGCCAAAAAAUACUAGAGCAGGGACAUGGGUUGGGAACUGCUGACCCUUUCCUCCAUAUCCUCUCGUAAUAUAUAUACAGUGGUAAACCAUUUCUGGAAGAUCAAUUCCAUAUAAUUGGUGAUAUGAAAAUGCAAUACAGAUAUUUUGCACAAUUACACUCAUUCAAAUCUUGGCUGUAUUUGUGGAAGCGCGUAUGCACCUUUACAUUAUAUAUACGGAAAACAUAAAUGUUUUGAUUUAAAGCUUUCGUGACUGCAGGGAUUCAUAUUCUUGGUUCUUUCGGUAAAGUCACGUAGAAGCGAUUUUAAAUCUACGUGGCUUUACCAAAAGAACCAAGAAUAUAAAUAUAGUUGUCAUUUCAACUUUUUACCAUUGCCACACCACGCAAAAGGAGACCAUAGACAGGUGGUAAUGGAUGGGGAAGAGAGCGAGAGAGAGAUUGGGGGAAAAAAAAUAUUAAAACGAAUGGAAAAACGUGACCAAACGGUCUGGAAAGAUGAAGAUGGGGAUGAAGAGGCGACUACCUCGGGGCCUCUACGCCGCACGGUGCAGCGUCUGGUUUCACGGGGGCAGGGGGAUAAGGAUUUGGAGUGGCAGUGGCCAACGGAUAAGUCACGUGAUUUACGGGAGGCUCGAUGUGAUUUGUAUACAGUAUAUAUGGAUUACUGCUGUGAAAUGUACAGCAUGCUUGGUAUAAUUUGUACUUUUGCAGAACACAUUAUUUUAAGAUGACACUUGUGAAGUGUGCUCAUUAGAGUUUUUUGCUGUCUUGGCAAAUGGUUUAUUAACACAUUUAAAAGGGGGUUAAUUGAAAACAGGUUUUUUUGCAUAUGGGCUUUCCAGUUUAAUAUUACAAAGCGGCAUUUUAUGAAAUAAUACAGCCUUGGACUGGUGUCAACUGUAUGGUUUCUCAUCGGCAAGCUGUGUCCUCAUGAACCAUUGCCACUUGGUAAGAUGUUACGAGCAGGAGCCCAGUUGGCAAUAUCUGAUGUUGAAGCAGAAGAACAUUUCGAUAGAAGCAUUUGUAAUGCCCAUCAUUUCUGACAAUGAAAUAUUUUUUAAAGGGCCUUUCAAAAAUCCAUUCGUGGAAACAUUCAAUUCGUCAGAUUUGAACCAAGGAACUUCAAUAUCCCUGCUUCCUGAGAAGCCAAGUUCAAAUUUGAGGAUAACUACUUUUUUUUGGCGUAGGCCACUUAAUGAUAUGGCCACAUUUUUGUCAAUAAACCCUGCACGAUAAUAAUUGACUGAAUCAUUACGCGGCCUAAUCCAGAAAUGAAUUAUGAAUCAUAAUAUUUUCUGCGAAAACCUGCACGUCAUGACGGAUAACGUUGAUAAGAACACGCGUACUACUGAAAACCGCAGUUACUCGAUCAAAGAAGACAAUGUGUCGUGUUUUUCUUUUCUGCCGUCACUUCCAUUUACUUGUGAUUGUACAUCACUUAUUUUGCAAUGCUACACGUGUUUACGAGGAGUGUGUAACAUAAUACGAAACAGGAGGAUUUCUCCACAAAUCUGUCUUUCCGUCUGAUGAUUCUAGUUAGCAUUACCGGUGAAACUUCGUACUCGGAUUGUAAAUGUUGUGAAUUUGCUCUCUAACACACCGGUGUGCUGUACUAGUGAUGAAUUGUCACGUUUUGUUUACGUGACAAACCUUACUAAUUGGCUGUGUCGGGUGGCGGCGGGUUUAACGACACAUUUGUACGCGAUCUAACCCAAAAAAAACCUGUAUUGCCAUGUUAAUGUAGUUUUCAUCUGGUGAACACAACUACAACAGGUGCACUAUUGGGGUAUCCUGCAUAACAAUUUGCUCAAGUAGAAAACUAAACUAUAUUGACACUGUGAUGAUUUAAAAUAGUUGUUUUGGUCGAGGGUGGUGUGGGUUUACUGUGGGUGAGCUGUGGGUACGGUACCUGCUUUACCAAACCCGUCCUGUUUAUGUUGCAAUAAAGCGCACCUUGUAUCUGUGCCAGGCACGGUUCAUUACAGAAGAUGGAAAAAAUGAAAAAUAAUUGUUGCCUCUUUUUUGGAAAGGAAUUUGGUGCUUGUGAUCAGAUGGGAUAUGCUCAUGGGUAGUGUUGCGAUUCCAUCGUUGGUCAUGGGAAUUUUAGAAUUUUUUCAUUAAUCUAUCAUUGCGCACAUUUUCGUGUGGAUCUUAUCUGUCACAGAAGGCAGUAUUGAAUCAUAUGAUGUUACCAGUGUGUUUUUAAAUAGUACCAAUAUGCAAACAAAAAACUUUCAAAUCGUUAACAAAGCUAGAUAUGCAACAGGUGUUAAGGCUAAUGACAUUAAAUAAUGAAUCCAUUAAUACGCCAUUUAAUGACUUAAGAUUUUAUUUUCCAAGGAAAAUCCGUUUCUUACACUCGCCAUGCUAAACAUUAUUUCAUGCCAAAGUUCUAAAGAUAGAUUUAAUUUAUUUCAGCACGAAGGGCCCAAUGAUCUGCUGGGGUCUAUUUCAUGGGUGUCCUGUGACGUUACUGAUGUUAUACGGUACAGAUCUUGGUUACUAUCAUACUUGCAUAGAUCACAAUACAAACAGCAAGUAUCGGUACAGAAAUAGGGAACUGAUAUAAAACGUAAAACAAAAAUACAUGUCAAUAAAAUACCUCUAUGUAAAGAUUUAUAUGGCAAUUAUCCAAAUAUGCACCACGUAAUUGUGCAUUUUUGCACGCUAAACAUUUUUUUAAAAUGGUUUCUUGUUGAAUUCAGUGUAGUUAAUACAGGCCGUGAAAGGUUUGCCAUAUAACGGUAUUUCUGGGGUUUAUUAUUUUCGAAGAUAAUUCACAUGCAGUGUGCGUUUGCAUCUCGGGUGUAUUUGUGUGUUUGCUUUUAUACUUGGCAUGUGUUUGACCAAAUUGUCACCAAAGCAGAGCUUUGCACAUUUUUUUUUUACUCUUCAAACAUUUAUAAUUUCGAACUACCUUCCAAUGUUAUGCCAUGUGCUGUAAUUUUGUAAUAAUUCACAAGAUUAUGGAUAUACCAUAUCGAUGAGUUUAUGUAACAGAAAUGUUAUUUUAAUGCAUCUAUCCACCAUGGUUUGUAUCUAUAUAUUCGAACUGAAGCCAUGAAUGUACAUACACGGUGUUGUGAAUUACCCUACUUUGAUACAAACAUCUUAAAUCUCAGGAUAACACCAACCGAAUCUGUGACGUGUCAGUUUGCACGAACCCUUACGCUGUUCACUUUCAUGGUGUUGCCACGUUAUAAACAGGUACAGUAUUUCUAUUUAUUUAUAUGAGCUGUACCUGACACUAUGCCGUUUAUUGUAAAAAAAUAAAACCACCCGCAAAUAAACUGCUACUUGUCUUUGAAUGAA